AUGGCUCUAGAUUUAUGUUCUGUCCCCUGUAUUGUGGGACAUGUGCUCUACCAGCAAGGAAUCUACCAGUACACCUAUGUUGUCUUCGUUGCAGAUUUUGGAAUCAACAGUAUCUUGUACCAGCGUGGUAUCUAUCCCCCAGAGUCCUUCACAUUCCAGCAGCAGUAUGGCCUCACUCUUCUUACCACAACAGAUGAGGGAGUGAAGGAAUACUUGAAUAAUGUCUUGGCUCAGAUUAAGGACUGGCUAGAGCAAGGAGAAAUUCAGCGACUGGUACUUGCUGUGAGCAAUGUCGAUACCCAGCAAGUUCUAGAGCGAUGGGAUUUUGAUAUCCAGCAUGAGCCAGGAUUUGGCCCUCAGUCUAUUAAAGAGGGUAAAAUUGGCUCUAAAGACCUAAAAGUGAUCCAGAAAGAGAUGCGAGAUGUUAUUCGUCAAAUCACCGCCUCUGUGACCUUUUUGCCUCUACUUGAUUGUGUUUGUUCCUUCGAUUUGUUAGUUUACACACACCAAAAUGCAGAGGUCCCAGACAAGUGGGCAGAGUCGGCUCCUUGUUUCAUUUCAAACUCUCAAGAAGUCCGGCUGAAGUCCUUCUCUACUUCGGUCCACAAAGUUGAAGCAUGUGUGAGCUACAAGGUGGACCUCUGAUUGUUGCAGGUGCAGCUUCUUGGGUCCUCAUCCUUACAGCGUGUAACCAAAUCUUCAGAGAGGUUAGGUUUUUAGGCAUAAUAAUGUCUCGCAUAAUUGGAAGUUCCUCUUUAGAUCUUGCAUUGUAGCAGUCAAAGAUUGAUUCUCUUUUUACUAAAAUCAGUGUAUUAAUCUAUUAUUUGUUCUGUACCUUGUCUUUUCAGGAAUUGAAAGUUUAGAUAAAUAUGUACAGGACUUUGGCCAGAAUUCUAUCUGUGAUGAUGUUGGUAAUAUAGAAAAUUCAUAUAAUUUCAUAGAAAAUCUUAGAGUAAAGAACACUUGCUGUGCAUUUUCUAUGUAGAUACUCAAGGAUCAAUUCAAGGAAAGAAAGAUUUUGUUUCAGGAAGUUGAUCCUAGAUUGAUAGGAAGCUCUUGUCUAUUUAUUUUAGAAAAAAAAGCUUUACAUAUGCUCAGUAGAUAAGGCUUACUUUGUAGGAACACAAAAUAUAAUGCUUGAUUUGUUUUUCUUAUCUGUUCUGUCUUUCUUGUGUGUGAUAAAGUUGCAGUUUGUAAUGUAAGUUCUCUUCAAGGAGUCUGUUAUCUCCAAAAAAUAUUGUAAUAAUUACUUUAAAAAAAUUAUUCUGGUGCUCUCCAUAGUAAUUAGAUAUGUAAGUGAAUGACUGGAUCUCGAUUCUCAUCCUUUUAUAGCAUUAAACAGGUUAGAUAUGGUAUAGUUGGUUAAAUGUGGACAGCAAUUUCCUCCUACAGUGUGCUGGUCAGUGAAAUGUAUCAGAGUUCAUUCUUUAUUUUGUCUAAGCAGUCAUGGAUGCUGUAGAUAUUAUGUAUCAGGGAAGGCCCAGUCCAACUUGAUGGAAUAUGGCUAGAAUGUGAGGUUUUUAGAAUACCUUUGUUCAUUCUUGGUCUAGAGUCCAGUUAUUUGCAAGAGUAUUUGUGUUGAGUUAUCCUCAUGUUCAAACUUGCAAUGAAAAUGGUGAGAAAAUGUGAAAUUUGGCAAGAAAGCUUAAUUUUUGUGGUUUUAACAUAUGGAAGUUGCAUUUGUCAUAACAAAUAAACUGUUUGUAUUUUACUAGUAUAUUGUUUAUAUAUUGGCAUUGUUUUAAGACUUUUUUAUAUAAAUUUCUGUAACUAAUA